GACUAACAGGCAGGACCAACCUCCGGACGGCCUGAUGGGCAGGGGCGGCCUGGUGAGAAGGGCGAGGGCAGCCAGGCCGCCGUGGAGCCGGAUGGGAAGUGGACCGAAGGCCAGUGUACAUGGACCGGGCAGCUGGGUGAGAUCCGCCGAGUUGGGGGGCUUCCAGACCAGCCCCUCCAGGAGGUGGGUGAGGCUGCGGGUGUCAGGAUGUCGGCAGGUGCGUUAUCGGACAGGUCCAUACCGCCCUCACAGCCAGCCAGCCGUCCCUCUUCCAAGUGCAGCCCGUGGCCCUGCGCUGCGGAGAAGUGAGAUGCCUGAGAGCCCAGUCAGCCGGCUCCCCUGCACCCCGCUGCCCCUCACAGUUGGCCCUGACCCGGCCCCUCUCUCGGUUGGCUGUAGGCUUGGACCUGCUGCGUGCAGGCAGUUCAGCAGCAGCGGCACCUAUCCCAGCAUCCCCCUCUCGUCUCCCCUGCCCGGCGUGCCCAAGCCUGUCUUUGCCACCACUGACGGCCAGGAGAAGUUUGAGACCAAAGUUACCACGCUGGACAGCGGGCUGCGCGUGGCUUCGCAGAAUAAGUUUGGGCAGUUUUGUACCGUGGGCAUUCUCAUUAAUUCGGGAUCAAGAUAUGAAGCAAAGUACCUCAGUGGAAUUGCCCACUUUCUGGAAAAGUUGGCGUUUUCGUCAACCGCCCGGUUUGGCAGCAAAGAUGAGAUUCUGCUCACCUUGGAAGAGCAUGGGGGCAUCUGCGACUGCCAGACGUCAAGGGACACCACCAUGUAUGCCGUGUCUGCUGACGCCAGGGGCUUGGACACAGUGGUGGGCCUGCUGGCAGAUGUGGUCCUGCAGCCCCGGCUGACAGACGAGGAGCUGGACAUGACACGGAUGGCCGUGCAGUUUGAGCUGGAGGACCUCAACAUGAGGCCAGACCCCGAGCCUCUGCUGACCGAGAUGGUCCACGAGGCUGCCUUCCGGGAGAACACGGUGGGCCUGCACCGCUUCUGCCCCUCUGAGAACAUCGCCAAGAUCGACCGGCAGGUGCUGCACGCCUACCUUGGCGCCUACUACAGGCCCGAGCGCAUGGUGUUGGCCGGCGUGGGCGUGGAGCACGAGCGCCUGGUCCAGUGUGCGCACAGGCACCUCCUGGGGGCCCGGCCAGCCUGGGGGGACGCGGGGGGCGCAGAGGUCGACAGGUCGGUGGCGCAAUACACCGGGGGCAUCGUCAAGCUGGAACGCGACAUGUCCAGCGCCAGCCUGGGGCCCCGCCUGAUGCCGGAGCUGACACACGUCAUGGUGGGCCUGGAGAGCUGCUCCUUCCUGGAGGACGACUUCAUCCCCUUCGCUGUGCUGAACAUGAUGAUGGGCGGGGGCGGCUCCUUCUCCGCCGGCGGCCCCGGGAAGGGCAUGUUUACCAGGCUCUACCUCAAUGUGCUCAACAGGCACCACUGGAUGUACAACGCCACGUCCUAUCACCACAGCUAUGAGGACACGGGCCUCCUGUGCAUCCACGCCAGUGCAGACCCCCGGCAGGUCCGAGAGAUGGUGGAGAUCGUCACAAAGGAGUUCAUCUUGAUGGGCGGAGCUGUGGACGAGGCAGAGCUGGCACGGGCCAAGACGCAGCUGUCGUCCAUGCUCAUGAUGAACCUAGAGGCGCGGCCGGUCAUCUUCGAGGACGUGGGCAGGCAGGUGCUGGCCACCCACUCCAGGAAGCUGCCCCACGAGCUGUGUUCCCUUAUCAGUCACGUGACAGCAGAUGACAUUCAGAGAGUGGCUUCCAAGAUGCUCCGAGGGAAGCCUGCCGUGGCCGCGCUGGGCGACCUGAGUGACCUGCCACCCUAUGAGCACAUCCAGGAGGCCCUGUCCAGCCGAGAUGGGCGCCUGCCCAGGACGUACCGCCUCUUCCGGUAGCACGCGGCGUGCCCCAAGGGUUCCCCAGAGUGCCACCAACUGCACCUCUGCCCAGGCAUCAGCCCGUUCCCGCUGCCACCCUGCUUCAGAACCGGAGCCUGCUCCCACUGCCCACAUCCCCUCGCUCUUGCCCCCAGGACUGACUGACUGCCUCCCAUCAUGCUCUGGCCGCACUAGCCGGGCAGCAGGAAGGCACCAUGCUGCUCCCUGCUGGCACAGCCAGGCCUGCAGAGGUGAGCGCUCUUGGUGACUGCUCCUGGCUGAGGGGUCGGCCCUGCCCACUUGGCUGUGUGAGGCACACUGUGUGAGGACGGAUGCGCAGGCACCUACUGCACGGAGCUCGUCUGCUGUGGCCGAGAGAAGUGAGGGCCAGCCGUCCCCCUGGCAGCAGGCGGCAGGGUGGCCCACGGUGGCGUGUGUAGGGCGGGAGAUGCCAGGGCUCAGGCUCAGCAGCCCCGUGUGGUAACAGGUGUGGGGCAACCCCCUGAGCCCCAGGACUCCAUGUGGAGCACCUGGGCCGGGGCUUGCACCACUCGCUGCAGGGCAGGGUGUUGAAUAAACUCGCUCUGUCGUUGCACCUGGGACUGUUGGUCAUCUGCCCGGCCUGUGGGACCCUUCAGCACCCGCUCCUGCUCUGACCAGUCUGACUGCGUCUGGUGGGCUGGGAGGAGUGGACACCUCAGGGACAGGGAGCCCACUCAGCCUGGCAUUGUCGAGGUCCUGCCUGAUAUGUCCAGGGUUCUAGCAGCCAGCUAACUGCGCCUUGCCGGCCCAUCACUGGUGCAAUGCAUCCAUGUGAGAAACUCCCUCACCAGUGCCUCCUACAGCCACCAUCGCCCGCAGUGCUGUCUGCUCCUUGCUCCUGUCUCACCGGGUCCUGCAGCCCUCUGCUUUUCUCCUGAAGCCCCGUUCAUCCUCCCAGCGCCACUGCCUGCCUCUCCCCACAGCAGUCUCCUGGUCUUGACCCCUGGGCCUCUCCAGCCUGCACACCUAUCCGUCACUUUGGCCUCCCUGGGCUCUUGCUGCUGUCCAUUGCCGAAGACCUGCCUCUGACCUGGGCCGGAGUGACCGCCACUCCCUCGAACAGCAUGGCCAAGUCAUCGGAGAAACAUUUCCCACUGACAGACUGGCUGGCAGCGGUCACUGGAACCGUGCCCCACGCACCGCCCCGCAGCUCCAGCAGGCCCAGCCUCGGUGGGUCCAGCGCCUUCCGCCCGUGAACUGCCGAAAGCACUCUCCCUGGGAGCGGCACCAACAGCCACUGACUUGAGUCGGAGAGGGCCAUGCCCAGCGGCUGCUUCACCCUGCUCACCGGGCUCAGAGUGGGACCCAGGGAUGGGUGCUGGGCUUGGGGCCGUAGGCUUGGGCUGCCGUGAGCACUCUGACCUUGACAGCCAGGAGCCGUCCGAGGGGUGGGUGUGCCAAAGGCUCGUUUCUAAGAGUUGGUCCUUGACCAGAAAGAGUUCAGGUUCAAUAGAUGCCUUUAUUUAAAAAUAUAAAUAUGGAAAAAUAAAUACCUUGAGAGACUUA